AUGUCCGAGUACCUCGGCUGGACAGAGAGGCGACCUCCACUGGGUUCCAGACCUUUCGCCAAAGAAGACAUGCUUCCCGGUGGACCCGUUACUCAGAGUUAUGAGAACUACGUGAAAAAUAUUUUUCAUCCAAUGAACCGAGCGAAAAAGGAAACAGGCGUUGACCGUGGAGUAUCUGCCUCAAAUAUGUUGAAAAUGGAACAGUCACUGGGCAAAUAUGCGAUUGAUGAUUCAUUGGACACAUAUGACGAUACUGGGUUGUACAUGAAGACUCCUCUCGAGUCGCUUUACGCCGAGCUCGGCUUGGAUAAACCGGAGCAUGCGCUCUACCGGCAGUUCCCAGUGUACAUGCCAAAACAGUCCAGCGAAUACUUCGCCAUUUCACAUGGAGCUGAACGACGGCCUGAUCGCUACCCGGCUCCAUGCUUCUCGUCGUAUCGGGAGAGAGACGAUGAUGAGUACGCAAAGAAUAAUCGUAAGACGUUGAUCGACUACAAAGACUUUGACAGACCUGAAAAAGCUCAAAGAUAUGCCUAUGAUGGUUUCCUAUAUUCGCCUCUCUCACCGUACCUCUACAAAGACCAUCCGUAUGUCAGGUCACAAGAUUCGCGAAUUGUGGGAUCGAAUUUUGUCCAGGUGACUUCCCGUCCGAAAGAUCGCUUCCUCGAGAAAGUUGAGCAGACUCUGGCCGAGGUACGAGCAAUGCCAAGAUAUACAUGA